AUGAGUCGAGGCUACGCGGAUCUGGUCGUUCCGCGGAGGACGAAGGCGCCCGCCUUCGCCCUACAGAGCGACGGUGGGCGCGUGAAGCGCGCCAACAGGGUCUGGUUCGACAGAGAGCGCGCCAAAACAGAAAAUGACCUGCGCCGCCAGUUUCCGCUCCACUACUACAUUUCCUCUUACGACUUGUCGGCUUUUCUUGCCGCGCUCAAGCAGGGAGAGGACCUCGCGCAGCGCGACCCAGCAGGGCGAACACCGCUCGACCUCGCGGUACAGAUGGCCGUGGAGCUCAUCGAAGCGUCGCUGUGCACGUCGUUCCCUGUGGAUAGCGUGGAGGCUUGUCCAACCGCGACGCUGCAGCCACGGAGGGGUGCCGCAGCCGAGGCUCCGGCGGAGACCUUCGUCAAUCCCUUCCGCGUGAAAUUCAAAGACGCCAACUCAAACAUGUACGUUCAGCCGAACAUGAUGCGCUACCGUGCUGCCGGCGUCGACGUCUACAAGCAGCCUCAAGAGCCUCCCUUUCUGCUGCCGCCAGACGGGCGCGAUGGCGCUGAACGCGCCUACACAGGUGCCAGGUGCCCCGCGUCCGAGAUGACUGUCAGUGGAGGCGACACCGAAGACCCCCUGCGGCCCCAGGAGCAGGCGCGUCGUGCACGGGGCCCCUCGUUCCCGCUUCCGCGUGGAGACGUGAGCCGGUACUACGCGGCGGCGCACAACGUUCGGCCGCAGCAGUUCGCGUACGCGUACGAUGCACAGGGCAAGCCUUCGCCGUGGUCGCGGCUGCAGCGAGAGCAAGUCCAAUUGGAGCAGGAGCACCUGCAGCGCGAAUUUCUGGUGGUUGUCGAGGAGUUCCUGGAUCACCCUCCCACCAAGGCUGCGAUGGCGCAGAUGCGCGAGCUCGUUCGCCGCCUCAACCUCCUCCUGACAGUUGUGAAGAAGUUUGACCGCUGCCUGCCGCUCAAACGCGAAGCGGCCGAAAAGGCCAAGACGUACAUUGGCACCGUGCUCACCUACCCUUACCUCUACACUGCCGCGAUGCACCAAGCUUUCAAACGCUAUCCGCGAACGCCCGCCGGGCAGCCGUGGGAUACUCUGAAUCCAGCAGACAGUCGUCGCUUGGUGUUGAUUAUUCUGUCUCUGAAAAUGCGCGGCCACGAGUUGUUCUCGUUCUUAGGCACGAUUUGCCGCCAGUUCAGCGCACUCGUGGAUCAGCUAGGUAUUUUCGAUGAUCGGAUGGGAGCCACUGGGCACUGGUGGAAACUCGGCAGCGAGUGCAGCCAGUUCUACCUGCACAUGGCGUUCACGCUAGAUCAGGUCUCGCUGUUCCAGCGCUUCGUCACGCAACAGCAGCUUUUCGAGAGACAAGACUUGUUCAAGUGGGAAGACCUUCUGUACACCCUCAUGCAGCACCGAGAUCGAUUCAGGCCUUACUUUGCGGCCUUGCUGGCGAGACGACUCAAGGCUCGAGUGCAAAAGCGGCUCGCGGACUCUGCUGAUCAGCAGGACUACUUGCCAGAAACGGUCAAGUAUCCUUGUGAAGAGCGCUACUUCACGCGCCAGCUCCUCGGCGAGUAUUCUGAGAUCUUUGGAGAGUCCGAAGCUGAAGAAUUCAACAGCAUGUUGCGCCACUGGCGAUAUGGCGCGGCUCGGCAGGCUCCUGGCUCUGAGGACGACAGUCUUCUUCCACCUCCGGUGCCGUCUCUCUCUGGGCCCCCUGCAGCGGAUUUCUGGUCGGUUCGAGGCUGA